AUGAUCUUAAAAAACCGCUCCAUUCGUUUUGUAUCAAGUGAAUUCAAGUCCCUCCCCAAGCCGCCCGCAGGGACAGGUGUCGUUUUUCACGGAAAACUACAACAAGUAAAAUAUGCCAUCAGUUUUCCCAGUUACUUAUUUAUAAUAUUUUCCGGGUUUAUGGGAGCCAUGUCAGGAAAUUUAUUUUUUAAAAAAUAUAUUUUGCGGAAAAACCCCCCCAACCCCCUGAGGGAUCCAAACGACUUACCGCCCGAGAAGCACCCACACACCCCUGAGGAGGAUGAUUAA